AGCAGGAGAGCAGUGACUCGCUGGUCCACCUGAGCCCACUGGACAGUGGGACCUAGCUUCUCACAGCGGCUGAGGCAUCAUAGGGUCCAGUCCAUGCCUCCCAGCCUUUCUUUAGUCAGAUCAGCUCUUGUGCCGCAGCAUGUGGCACCUCGCUGUGGCAAAACGGGUGUUGGGGUGAAGGGAACAGACCUGCCUUAUGCUUAUCUCAAAAAAGCUGCUGUUAUGUUAGCUGACUGCCCAAAUGAGGUGUGGUGCUGAUGCUGUUUCCAGCUUAAAGUUGUUCAUUUUUUUUCUAAAAAACUUUCCUAGGUAGACAAGGAUUUUGUUUUUAAACUUGGAUAGGUUGAAGUGAUUGGUUCACUCAUGGAUUUUCUUGUAAUGUAUGCUACAGUGGCUGUAACCAUUGCUUCAUGCAUCACAUAGCUGAAGCCUCCAGAGAUCGUCGAGUCCAACCUGCUUCUCCAAGUAUAAAAUUCAGAUUAGGCACCUGCAAGUUUGUAAUGCCAUGUGAGGGAUCACUUGAAAUGAUUUUUCAGGAGGUUCCAAGGUGCGUUGAGAAAAAGAGCAGCUGAGACAUUACGCAGUGCCACCAAGGACGCUGCAGCUGAAGACAAGGGACACCAGGGGACAGCCACUACAUAGCAAUAAAAGUCUGCCUCUAAACUUCCCAUCUGCUUCCUGAGAGUGUUUGGGUGGUGCGAGGCUAGAACAAGCUCCAAGCAGAAGGCAGCUGCACCUUGGACCUAGUGGGAGAGUCCUCAGCCUGACAGAGCAAACAGAGUGCCCUGAGCUGUGAGGCAGAUGUGCUGAGGAUGGUCCGUUUGAGCAAGGCCAUUUAAAAAUGUGUUAGCUCUUCCCAUUCCUGCCCAGGUUGUUCACACAAUCUCUUUCCUCUUUGAUUCCCAGCCCAGGGCCUCCGAGCCCCAGCAGGGAAAGGGCACUCCUGCAAACACCAGCCAGGAUUCCCGUGGGUUUGGAGCAUGAACAGGGAGAAGGGGUUUACCAGCAGAAUUGUCUGGGCACUGCUGCCCCUAAUACUGCCUCAGGAGCCCCUGUCUCUCCCACCCUGCAUGUAGCCUGUAUGAGGGCCCGGAGCAUCCGGCACGCUCUCUGGUGUCCCAGCUCAGCUCCACAAUACAAAUGUGGUGGGUUGCAAUAAUGCAAGACAUGAGCAAGCUUUGGACGAAGGGUACAGAUGAGGGAAAUAGGAAUGCAUAUACCCAGGAAUGUAUUGCAAGUCUAGUACUAUUGAUGCCCAACAAGGAGACAAAAACUCUCCUAUAAAGUAUUUCCAAAGAACUUUUACGGUGUCCCAGCCCAGUGGUCAGUAUAGUGGUAUGGAAAACACCCUGUAACACAUUUAUUUGCAUUGUGGCUGCUCUCACUUGGGCCAAGUUGAAAGGUUUGUAUCCCUACGGUGUCUAAAGGAGAGCUCACCAAGACCCGCCCCACAGCCACUCUGCAGGAAAGCAGGGAUCCUACUUGUGCCUUUCAAUCAGUGCAGAGCGUGCUGCUGAACAUCUGGUAGCUGGUGGGGUUUUUUUUUUCACUUAAGAUGACCGUAAUUAACAUAUGAAACACUUUAAAGCACUUACUUUGCAUUAGCCGUGAAUUACAGUCAUUGUUAUGAGGGCAUGUCCUGUAGUUAGCCUUAGAUGACAGGCAUAAUUCAAAAACUAUUUGUUGUCUACUGUGUGACUUCACCAUGAAACGGGACAGAGUGAAUGUAGAACUGUGAAAAGAAAGUAAAUAGCAAUUAGUGGAAUGACUACAAACUGAAGGUAGGUACUUCUUCUCUGCAUUUUGCAGCCCUUUCAAGGAGGUUUUGAACAAAUAUUUUAGCCCCCCACUGCAGUGGGCAGUUGUCACUACAACUUUCCCUGCAGUCAUUGCAUUUGGAGGCUGUGAUUUUGGCCAUACUGCAGCAGUACAAAAUGAAGCAAUGAGCAUUUCAGCAUGGGCACAGUGCUGGGCUGACAGGACUAUAGGGGCAGCAGCUAGAAAAUUCUACAACAUCCCCUGCUUUAGAACAAUAAAAGGAUUUUUGCAUCAGUAAAAUUCAAUAUUAGCUGCUGUAAGAAGUGUAUUUGCUCACUUCCAGGUUUGGUUAUUCAUUGCCAGUAGAGAGCGUGGUAGGGUCUUAAUUCCUGCUAGCAUUAUUAUGGAUGGCAUGUAAAGUGUAAAUUAAGAAUAAUAUAUUAGAGAGCUUAACCUGGGUAGGGGAUGAAAAUUUUAUCUGCUUUCUGGAGUCUGAUCUUCAGUCAAAAUCAGAUUGUCAAUAAUUGGUAUACCAAUGUGGAGGAUGCCAAGUAUUUGUAGUGAGGUUAUGGAGCUACUACACCCUGAAAACUAGAUAGUUUUUCAAAUUUGUUUUUCACAUUGGUAGUAAUGGUCAGAAUAAUGCACUCCCAUGAGACAUCAUGUAAGGAGCUAAGUACACUCUGGCAGUUAGUGGGUAUGAAUAUAUGAAACCAAUACAUUUGAGGAUAUAUGGAAAUUUAAUUCAUCCCUGAUGAGAACUGACAGAGGAAAAAUGUUUUGAAUUCCAUAACUGUAGAUGUUUCCUUGGCUGCCAGUAGUCUUCAGUAACAAAGCUGGCAAAAGUGAUAGUGCUAGAAUACAACCAAAAGCUUCAUUUUGGAAGUCAAAGUUUCCAAGAGCUUUUCCUUGUAAUGUCACAACACAGCAGUACUUACAAGCAGCAUUUAAUGCUGUAUUUCAUAAGUGCAAUCCACUUCUACACAGAACAGAGAAAUGGAUAUAUAACGUUUGUAGUAAAAAAAUAAAAAAUGAAGAGAAAAGAAAAGCAAUGCAAAAAGAUGGUCUUGGAUGCUUCCAGUACAAAUCUUUCAUUGUGUGCCUCAGUACUGGGAUUUAGUGGUGGGAGUGAUGGUUCUGGCAUAUUGACAGAAAACAGGUAUAUAGGAUGAAAAAAUAGUUUCAUUUUUCCACUUUCUGGAUGACUCUCUAGCAAUUUCCAUGCUGUGUUGUCCAAAGUGGUGGUGUCAUUACAGGACAAGAGUCAACACCUGAUUAAGAAAAUUAUUGCUAUGGGCAAAUCUGAUUUCCUGUCUGUCAAUUCUCACCCUUUGCAGCUACUUAUAUUUUCCUCUGGGAUGAAAAUUCCCAUGUUUCAGCCUUCAUGUGGCUUUUUGCAAGUCUGAGCAAGAAUGUCAGCUCCUUUGGUUUUGCUAUCAGGGGAAGAACGUUUUGCUUCUCCUGCAUGGUACAAGCACUUGCUUAGAUCAGAAGUGACCGAAAGGAGCAAUUUGAAACUGCUGGGGUCUAUCCUUCCUAGAGCAGCAGAGAAAGAAACGAGUCAAGCUGAAAUAAAAGAGAUUAUUCAGCUCGAAGUGCUUUGUAUUAUGAGCAAUAUUUUGUCUGAUUACAUUGGAUUUUUCUGCACAUGUUCUUGUAGGUUCUGACCAUAAGGCAGUCUAAGAGGCCUAGGCGUGUAAAGAUGCAGACACUUCAUUUCAGGAUUCUCCAAGUUAUUUAUAUUCUGGGUGUGUGGUGGGAGAGCAAGCCUCUCAUUCAUUUCAAGAGGUGCAGUAGCGAAGUCCAGGAAGAAAUGAGGCCAAUUGUGAAGAUACUGAGCUAAACACAAAGGGUGUAUGAAUAUCUGGAAGUGUUGGAUUGCAAUGGUUUCAGUGAUGUGUCACUCCACAGGACUGAAGUGGGGUGCUCAUACUUUGCCAUACAUUCACCAACUGUUUGUCAGGCAGACCAAACCUCCUCUGAGUGUACCAAGAAGCUGGAAUUCAUCUCAUCACACAUUUGCCACCUUAAUGUUAAGAGUCUUAUUGGAAAUGCUAAUCUAUGUACCUGCAAGCAAUAGAGAGGGAUAGGCAUCUCAAGCAGGUGGCUCAGCUAAUCCUGAAACGGAGUUUAAGGCAGGAAGGAUAAAUUGCCCUCCAGAGAUAUCUUCAUCUUGUCUUUGACUAUAGAAGGAGCCUACACAGCAAGUUUAGACUAGAAGCUUAAAACAGAGCUUGUUAAAGGUUAGUAGGAAGAUUCCCACCAAACAGUAAUGGUAAGAACUAUUCUGCAUGCCCAUCUAUAAAGCUUGCUCCAUUUUGAAUCCAGUGGCUUUAAUAUUCGGAUCAAAAUUGUACUUUGCAUACCUGAUGCUGUAACUCUGGGCAGAAUUCCUGAGUGUACAUGAUUAUGAAGAGUAGGUGGAACAAUGGAUGAUGAAAGCGUGGCCUUCAACCCCAGCUCUUCCAGGAUCUCUUUGUAUGACUGGAGAAGACACUUCACCUCUCUGCCCCUCAGCUUCUCCAUCUAUAGAAGAAGCAUCUGAAAAACUCCCAGAGCAGUUUUUCACCUCACUGGUGUUGAAUUGUUGAGAAGCUCUUCUGCUCCUUGUAGGGCACCAGAAGACGCUUUUCUCAACUGCCCCCUGAACCUGUGUACACAACUUAGUGGUGGUUUGGACAUCCUAGGAAAUUACAUCGGAGUGCCAGACAUGAUCAUCUGUUACCCUGUCCUGAUGCCCAGACUGACUGACUGCUGUGUUCUUUACAACCUACAAGAAAAUAUGCCUUGCUCAAUCCAGCUCAAGAUUUCUUUGUCUGAAGAGAGCAAGUGCAGACAACCUACUUAUAAAGAUGACAGAGGCAGGUAAACAGGUAUGAAGGAAAAUCUCCUUUUAUCUGUGAGGCCAUAUAUUUUCCACAAAGGUUUCUCUCACCUUGCACUACCUGUCUGAUUAUUAAUUUAGGAAAAGAACUCACACAUACAUUCUUGAGAUUCAGUUAUUCUAUACCUUUAGUUAAAACUGUCAUCAAAGAGGAUUUCUGCUUGGGGACAAAUAUUUCUGUUUAUUUCCUAAACUAUUCCAUUGGAUCUGUUGAUUUCUGAAUUCUAAAUUCCUCAUCAUGGUGGUACCACGUCAGCCUGAAAAUAAAUUUGUGUAGGAGUGACUCUGAACCACAGCAGCUCCUUUUAUUACUCCAAGUUCUGCUUGGGUCAUAGAGACUCCACUAUUGUGAAUAAGGAAUUCUUACCUUGCACAAGUUUUGACAGAGAAAAAAUUACUCAGUUUGAUAGGUUUUCAGGGCCAUCACAUUCAGAAAUUCAGUUAUGUCACUCAUGUAGGUAUGUGCUCCUUUGGAGAUAGAGAAGUGUUGCCUGUGUAUGAGGAAUGUCCCCGUUUGAUGGAGCAGGAGGGGUGUCAUGCCCGGCAGCCUGUCCAAAAAGGAUUAGUGGUGGUGUCUGUGUGAAUGCUGCCCAUCAUCUCUCACUGCAAGCAUUGCUGGGCUGGGUGUCAGCUGCAUAGCUGGUGGGAUCUGGAAAGGAAGAUAGGAAGUCUCCCCAUGUGGGACAGAGAAGCCUCAAAUGCCGCAUAAGCAUUUUUCAGCCCUUGCUGGGGUGAGCAGGGGUCACUCAAUGUCAGUUUUUUUCCUUUUAUCAUCUUGUGGGUAGGUGAGUCAGCACAGUUGUGGUGUUUAUGAUUACAGAUCAAAAAUCCUGAGACUUGCAAUAAGUAUUUAAGGAAUAGCAUACUUGUUAUAGAAUUUCACGGUAAUUUUUUUGCAAACAUGCAUACAUAAGCACAUGCUCAUUUUUAUUCCACGUAUGAACUGGUGAAUGUGCACUGUUUGAAUUCAAUGGAGCUUUGUUAUAUUCACCUCUGAUCCUACAUUAAGUUCUACCCAAGUCUGUAUCUAUCCAAGCUUCCUGAAGUAGAUGUCUAAUAAAGCAAAAGAGGCAGACACUCUCCAUCUUCUACCCCCUCACUGUCACCUUCAUUUUCUGAGGCACGGUAAAUCAAGGCUUUUCUUGUGCUGAUGAUUAAGUACUCUGUUUUAUUCCAGAAAUUGAUAUUGAUCUUAAUGAGAAAAAUCUAUUUGAAAUGCACACAGCAGAUAUGGAAUGUAUCAUGCCCUUAAAAUCAGUCUUCUGCUCUAAGACAGGCAUCUGGGUGGAGCAGGGGAGGCAUUCUGGUUGAUUUGGGUUUUUUUUCCAUGACCCUUCCCUUGUUAGCGCAAUAUUAAUACUCAUUAUUUGUUAUGAGCAUUAGCUGCUGCAGCAAAACCCAGCCAAGGGUAGGACAGAUGUUCACAUAAGCUAUUCUCUGGCUAACAGAAGCAUAAGAUGUGCUAGUUGUCAUAGGAUUUAUUAGUGUGAACACAUUCUUCUAUAUUGAGUACAAGUAAUUUACUACAAAAAGGGAAAAUAGAAAUAUCACGUGUAGUAAAUAGCUGAAAAGCAGGUUACUUCCAGUGGCACUCUGCUGAGAGUUCCCGUCAUAUUCUGUCCUUUCUCCAACAUGCACACCAAAUCCUGCUAUCUUAAUAUGCAUUACUUCCAGCAGAGUUUGAUUCAUCAUAUUUUAUUACACCUGUUAAAAGACAGCUCAAUCUUUAUAGUGGAUGAACUUUUGUAAUUACUCUGUAUUUACAUUGUAUUUGUGGGUAAAUUAUAUUGUGCUUGUGAGUUUUGACAGCUAAUUACCACUAAUUCAUAAAAUGACAUGUCUAAAAUGCUUGAUAUUCAAUUGUUUACAUGAUAUAUUUUGCUUAUCUUGUAUUUACAUGGUAAUUGCUCCAGACAUGUGGUUACAGUGCCAGUUGUGUGAGCUUAGGCACAAAUAAAAGUCUCAGAAAGUAAAGAUAUGAUUUAGUUAUCCCAGGCAAUGGAGAAAAAUAAACAUUUUAGUUUGGUUGUAGGUAUAAUAAGGGUCUCAGAGAAAAAAUAUGCCUUCAUAUGAAAACUACAGCUAGAAAUAGUUGUCACUGAGGCCCUGAGGAAUGUAAUUGCAGUAUCACAACAGUGGCUGUAUUAUUAUAUGGGUAACCAAAAAAAUGUCCAUAUGUGCUGUCAGCUCAGUGACUGUCUGGCAUUGAUCUAUCAGUUCCCAUGGCUUCCACUACCAGCAGCAAAGUUCCAGCAAUAAAAGCAGUAAUUCUCUUUGUCAUGUGAUUUUUCAGGAGCUAUGGACAGGAUUUAGCUUGAUAUUUUUGUUGAAAUCACAGCACAGGGCCUGAAACCCACAAGCAUUCACCUUAAGACUGCAAUGGUAGCGUGCAUCCAGUUCAAAUACAAACUCAUACCUCAGAUCUACUGCAGUGUUCUUGGAACCUCUGAGAAUUCCCGUGGCAAACUGAGUGUGCAUCAAGCCACCUCGGAAGUCAGAGGUCAGAUAUCUGAACAUCUCUUCAUCAGUGGGAUUUGCACCCAGGACUUCUGCAGGAAGUGUUUUCUCAUACUAAACAGGAGCCUGUCCUUGUCCUUUAGGGUGUUGUACACCAUGUUGGCUGUCAGUAAUUCAUUUCUCCUGUGCUUGCAGCAAGGACACUGGCCAGAUGGCAGUCCCACGCUCACAGUCCCCAGCAGCAGCCGCAUGCCACCAGCCCAGCACUUUUCACCAACAAGAGACGUUUUUCAGCAUGAGACAACAAUGAACAGGAGGAAACCUAAAAGCUUUUUGCUGCUCUGUUGAAUAUGGGAUUAUAAAAAAAUUCAACCUGGAGCAUCUCUGUCCCUUGUUCAAAUGGGUGACUUCUGAACCUGGAACUAUUCAUUACCUGAAGCAGCAACUUCUUUCACUGUGCAUCCUAGAGGGAAAAAUGAAUUUCACAAAUUGCACCACUGAAGCCAAUGUGGCUGUGAAGCCAAAAACAGUAACUGAAAAGAUGCUUGUUACCCUGACCUUGGCCACAAUCACAACCUUGACUAUGCUGCUGAAUUCUGCUGUAAUUGCAGCAAUCUCUACAACCAAAAAGCUCCACCAGCCGGCAAAUUAUUUAAUAUGUUCACUAGCUGUGACAGAUCUCCUUGUUGCUGUUCUCGUCAUGCCCUUGAGCAUCACUUACAUAAUGAUAGAUAAAUGGACUUUGGGAUACUUCAUCUGUGAGAUCUGGCUUAGCGUCGACAUGACCUGUUGCACGUGUUCAAUCCUUCAUCUGUGUGUCAUUGCUCUGGACAGGUACUGGGCAAUCACAGAUGCUAUUGAAUAUGCCAGAAAAAGAACGGCAAAAAGGGCUGGUCUGAUGAUAGUUACAGUGUGGACGAUCUCCAUUUUCAUAUCAAUGCCCCCUUUGUUUUGGAGAAAUCGCCACAGCAUCAGUAUUCCCAGUGAGUGUCGCAUUCAGCAUGAUCAUGUCAUCUACACCAUUUAUUCAACAUUCGGAGCAUUUUACAUCCCCUUGACUUUGAUCCUGAUCCUGUACUACAGAAUUUACCAUGCUGCAAAGAGCCUUUACCAAAAGCGGGGCUCAAGCCGCCACCUCAGCAACAGGAGCACUGACAGCCAAAACUCCUUUGCCAGCUGCAGGCUCACACAGACAUUCUGUGUCUCAGACUUCUCCACGUCUGACCCAACCACGGAGUUUGAUAAAAUCAAUGCAUCCGUGAGGAUCCCUCCUUUUGAGAAUGACCUGGACCUGGCUGGCGACCGGCAGCAGAUCUCCACAACACGGGAACGAAAGGCUGCUCGCAUUCUGGGCCUGAUUUUAGGUGCUUUCAUUUUGUCCUGGUUGCCCUUUUUCAUCAAGGAGCUGCUUGUGGGCCUCCACGUUUGCACUGUCUCUCCAGAAGUAGCGGACUUCUUGACCUGGCUGGGAUAUGUCAACUCUCUUAUCAACCCUUUGCUGUACACUAGCUUUAAUGAAGAUUUCAAGCUGGCCUUUAGAAAGCUCAUCAGGUGUCGAGAACAUACUUAAAAGUGCUGGGAGAUGAUGACAUGACUCCUGGCCUUAAGAACGAGCAAAAUAACUUGACUCUGUCACCGUUUCCCUUGAUAAAGGGGAUUUUUGUGUUUGCCUAUUUGCUUGAAUUAUCUUUAGCCUCUAAUUCAUUUUGCCGUUUUUUACCUCUAGUGUUAUUCAUGAUAAAGAGUUUGGAAUUUAAAAUUUAUUCUACAACAGAACAGAUUUUUUUUCAAUGAAAAAAACAAACAAAAAAGAAACUAUCAGAUACUCAUGUUUAAGAACUUUUGUGUAAUCAAUUAUUUGAGAAGCAAACAAUGAUAUUCACUUUUAUACUUUUUUCAUUUAAGAAACAAAUGUUAAAUUAUUGUGGACUGUUGUAAUAUAAAGGCUUAUAAACUGAACCCCAUAAAUACAUGUUAAAAAACUAAUAAACACUUUGUGGUCCUGACAGCUACACAGCAAAUCUUUACUGUAGCAUUCUGAAAAAAAUUGUAACAGUGAUCUAGAAGGAAAAUAACACCAUUACAGCCUGGUUUAAGGCAGAACAAGCCAUUCCUUUCUUCAGGAAUAAACUCCCAAAACAAAGCUCGGUUCACUCGAUCUAGAAGUCGAUCAUACUUCUAGAUUUGUACUCCCUUUGUACUCCGUACAUUUGUACUCCAAAGUAAUUAAAGUGGCUUUUUUUCUGUAAGCUUCUUGAUUUAUGUUCAAAGUGUUGGACAAACACCUGUGCAGUUCUUUGGGGAAUUAAGAGGACACAACUAGCAAACAUCACACUUGUGAGACCAGCUGCAUAGCCGACUGGUCGUGUUUUUAAUAUCCCUAAACAUAUUUUUUCAGGACUCAGGUCUUGUGCCUUGGUCAGUUCUGAGGUGGCAUUAUUCACCUUUGCCACACUUCACCUGGGCCUUGUGGAUUGAUUGAUCUUACCCCACUAACUGAAAAUAAUUAGAUAAUUGUUUAAAAUAGCAGUCUGCACAUCUGCCUUAUUGUCAUCCUACAAUUUGCAAUGGCAUUCUUGUCAUCAUAACCUACGAUCGGAGAUUUCUUGUUCUGGAAGUCCUUCACGGGGAGUUUCUGUCUAUCUCUUAAGACAAGGAAAGUGAGUCCUUCAUAUCCCGUCUUCUGUGUUUAUGGAAGUUAAAAAGUCCUGGCUCAGAUAUUGUGGAAAUCAAGCUGGGAAGGGACAAAAUCAAAGCUGAGAAUCUGGUAUUGUCCAGGAACUACUCCUAAGCACUGUUUAAAUGUUAAUUACUUGCCUUGUGUCAUAAUUCUCUUCCCUGUCCCUCUUCCUGGACAAAUCCUUUUUGAAUUAUACCGGUAUACCAUAUAGAAAAUAUCACAUACAUCAACCUGACAUGCAAUAACAGUGAACUAUAGCAUGGCAGCUCCAAAUCCGUCAAACUAAAUAUUAGAGGUAGAAAAAGUGUUGUAACAACACUGGAAACCAUCUCUGAAAAAUGUUUUGAAAAUUUACAAGGUGGCAAUCAUUUGUCUUAUCGAGAGAUUCAAGGAACUCUGAGUAACGUGUGGAUGAAAACUCCGGAUGGAUCUGAGAAAUUCUUAUUCCUUAUUCCUUAUUUCUGAGCAAAAGCGUUUGGUUGGACAGAUGCAGUGCCACAGGCUGAGUGUAAAUCAAGUCUGAAGAUGACAAAAGUGUGACCUACCCCCAUGCUGUGGGGUUCUGCUUUUAGGAGGUUUGUUCACAGCUGCCCUUCUGAAGCUGUUGUCACAGCUCCCUCCUCCAGCUGCCUUUGGGUUCCCUACCAGCUAACAUUAAUAUCUUAAAAAAGGGGGAAAAAAAUCUCAGCUACUGAAUAUGUCUUCUAGUGAGGAAGCACAAAUAUCCAUUAUGUUUUGUUUUUUUCUUUUUGGGGCUUGUUGGAGGUGGAAUCUGUUGAUUCAACCUGGGGAAGGCUGGCCAGACCUUGCAGUUCUAUAAAACAUUGAAAGUGGCUCCUCAGAGUUCAUACACUAUUAGGAAAAAAAAUAGCCAGGAAUUAAAAUUAAAAUAAGUAAUUGUAAGUGGGACGAACCCCACAGCUGGGUGCUGCUGCUGGCAUAUGGCGUGCAGUCACAUUUCUCAUGCAAAAGUUAUGGCUCAGUUAACUCUGUCACCUCUACUGAUGCUUAUUUAAAUCCAGAAGUAUGGCUGAAGGACCAGAAAUGGUGAACAUGACCUCACAGCAGCUGUUGUAUACAGCUAGAAAAGUUUCAGAGACUGGUAUGAAAGCUGUAAAAUACAGGAGCUGCAUCAUCUUCAUUUCUACUAAUCUCUUUUUUUAGUAUCUUAUCUCCGCUAUUAACACUCAAAACUAACAAUCAGGUUAAAAACUGUAUUCAAUUUUAAUAUUUAGAGGUGAUUAACAAGAAAAAAACAGAUGGAUGGCUAAUUUUCGUGCUUCCCUGUUAAAUAAAGACUCACCAUUCACUGCCAGCUGACUACUGCUUUUCUAAUUAAGUCAUUAGCUAAACACAGACUUAUGUUUUCCAACAAAUGCCACUAGACUGAUGAAGAUGUCCUGUACAUUUUCCCCAUGCUGAGACUCAAAGUCAGGAACAAUUUCAAGGACUGUUUAUUUAAAAAAAUUUAACUUGAUCAGAAAUUACCUGUCGUUUUACGGAAAUAAAAAUUUGCUGGUCUGGUACCGUUGUUUGGCAACUUCAUUUUUUUCCUGUAUUAAAUAUUCACUUAUUUUACAAAGUGUUUAGAGACAUUUUCUAAAUUGUGACUUCUUGUCCAUGGUUACUCCUCAUUCAUAUCUCUCCUGGAUCAGGCCCAGGCACACCACGCUCUUCCCUGCAAGCUCUUAAUGAUACAUACAAAGCCUUCAGCCUAUACCCAUCUUCCUUAGCCUCUCUAAAACACCUUUCCUCCUCAAAGACUUAUUUUCCCUAAUGCUCUCCUUGCAAGGUUGUCUUCCUACCUUUCUUCCUAUAUUUCUCAAAAUGAUUUUCCUCCCCUCUCUACAGCAGGGUUCAUACAGACCUGCCUAUUCAUGACCUUCUCAUCACUUCUCUGAGUGCUAUUUCCUCCUGCCUUUGGGUUUCUGACUCCUUAUAAUCCUUAAAUUUAUCAUGGUCCUACUAGAGCAAGUCUCUACUCCCUGCCCCUGUCUCAGUGCUGUUAUCAAGAUUCCCAUAACUGUGGGUGCUCAAUUCUGUCAGGUUUUACUCUGUCUUACAUGUGUCCAGGCCAUAUUCAGAAGCUUUUCACUCUGUGUAAGCAGCCAGUCCUUUGGAUUAAGUUUAUACAUUCCUAGCCUUGAAGACGGCAACCAUCAGCCAGUUGUCCUACCCAAAAGAAAUGCUUUUCAAAUGCCAUUUUACUUGCUAUUUCUAUCUUGUCACCUUCCUUCUGUACUUUGUUGUUCAUUUCCUUCCAUAUUAAAAUUAACCUUCCUGUUAUCAUUUUAGGGACCUGGACUUGCACAGACAUCGUAGUUUGCACUCAGCUUCUUCUAUUCUGUUUGUGCCUCAGUUCUCUUUUCUGCAAGCUUUGUCUUCACUACUUUCAUCCAGUGCAACGUCUCUCCUGUUCCCACUUCUGAAAGGAAAACAGGCAACAUGGGUGGUGGGGGAAUUAUUGUGGGUAUAUCAUUUGUACUUUUUCUCCAUCUUUCCAACAUAGACCAUAUAAUCUCCUGCUGUGAGCUGAGCCUCUGUAGUGCAUAGCACAUCCUAGACACAGCAAAAACAUAGUGAGAGCUACGCAUUUCCUGAGACACUUAGACCUGGCUCAUCCACAUCUCUUUAAAACUUGAGGUUCCCCACUUUUGGUGGUCUUUUUUGGUCUUCCUGAAUGGAGACAGAUGAUAGGAUUGAACUUUCCAAAUGGGAAAGUUUCACCUCGUUUCACCAGGUUUACAUAAAAGGCUGCUACUGUUCAGACUUCACUGCCAUGGACCUGAGCUGUCCAGUUUUCCAUAGUUGCUGCUUCCUAUAUUUCUAUACCGCCAUAAGACUCUGUCCCUUGCAUGUACCAGGAGGGAAUUUAAAAGAAAAUAAUAAAUUGUGGCUUUAACUGGGACAAGAUCUUAAAGGAAUAAGGGAAUCUUUUCUAAGGUCUUCAUUUCUGCCUCUCUGGUUUCAGCCUCAGUUUUCAAGAAGAAACAGCAUGGCAGUGUUUUGGGGAGACACAAGUGCAGAGAUUGUCCAUGUGUCUGUGUAUUGUAACCAUUGCAGAUAUCAAUAACAGACAGGCUGGUUUACAAUCAUCUUUUACACACCCAGAAGAUUUGUAUGAACUAUCUAAAAUCGCUUUAUUGUUUAAAUGGACACAGUAAAUAUUGUGAUAUCUUUUUAUUGGUCUAGCCAAUAUAUUACACAUUCUAUUUCGUAAGAGCCC